GCAGAAGUAAAUCUAAUAUGGGUUGGACACCUCUUCACCUUGCGUGCUACUUUGGACAUGCUGUUGUGGUAGAGGAUUUGCUGAAGGCUGGUGCAGAUGUGAAUGUGCUGAAUGACAUGGGGGACACUCCAUUGCAUCGUGCAGCUUUCACAGGACGUAAGGAGGUGGUGAUGUUACUCUUGCAGCAUAAUGCUGAUACUUCUAUUGUUAAUGGGAGUGGAGAGACUGCAAAAGAAGUUACUCAUGAUAAAGACAUAAGGAAUAUGUUGGAAGCUGUGGAAAGGACCCAAGAAAGGAAACUAGAAGAAGAACUCUUAGGAGCAGCAAGAGAAGGAGAAAUGGGAAAACUGAUUGCCUUGUUGAACAAACCCAAGCCACCUGAUAUCAACUGUACAGAUCAGAUGGGGAACACGCCAUUGCACUGUGCAGCAUACCGUGCCCAUAAGCACUGUGCAUUGAAACUUCUAAAAAGUGGAGCAGACCCUAAAAUAAGAAACAAAAAUGAUCAGACACCCCUUGAUCUAGCCCAAGGUGCAGAAAUGAAACUGAUACUGCGAGGUAAAACUGGAAAGGUUAUCAACAAGCCCCUGAGACGAUACGAAGGUCUCCUAUGGAAGAGCUCAAGAUUUUUUGGUUGGAAACUCUAUUGGAUAGUUCUAGAACAUGGAGUCCUUUCCUGGUAUCGGAGACAAGCUGAUGCAGUGAAUAAUGAUCAUCGUCAGGGAUGCAAGCAUCUAACGCAAGCCAUCUGCACGGUAAAAUCUACAGACAGUUGCUUCUUUUCUGUUAGAUGUUUUGAUGACACUGUUCAUCGUUUCAAGAUUCCUAAAAAUAGCCUUCCUUCUCAAACUAGAGAGAGUUGGCUGGAAGCCAUAGAAGACCACUCUGCAUAUAGCACUCAUUACUGCACACAGGAACAAUUGAGUAGCGAUGAUGAGGAAGAUGAUACAGUAUCUGUUACAGACCUACAGGAUACUCUGAAAAAAGCACAAGCAUGCCAUCAAAGACUCAGUAAAGAGAUUGCAGACUUUCUUACCAUGCUUAAGUCUUUGGAUGCUCCAAAAGGAAUAUCUUCUCCCCUCUUGCAAAAACUUGAUAUGGUCUCUGAAGUAUCCCAGGAAACAUGUGAGGCCCUGACUGACUGCCUCAACCUAUUCACAAAGCAAGAAGGGCUGCUGCUUGACGAACGAGGAGAGGCUGCUAACUUCACUAAGGAUAACCACAGCGAGCGCACUCUUUGCCUUUUAGAGAAGACUUUCUGUUUAGCGCUGCCCAUCUCUGCGCUAG